UUAUUGGUACUACCCUUACAUCAGUAUAUUAUAUUAUUGAAGACAGGCUUGUCUAACGUGAUGAGGUUUAAUUGUGUUUAUCGUCGUGUUCAAGACAAUUUCAUUUAAAUAGCAACGUGUAUACUUGUGUAUGCACUAGCCCAGACUUCGUUUUGUAAUCCUAGUUCGCUGAGAUACCAUGCCACAAUAUCACAUUGAUACCCCACUCCGACACUGCAUACCGAAUACAAGCUGACCAGUCCUUGUUUUAUCGACUUAAGGCCGAGAGGAAUGUAACAACAUGUGCCCCCUUUAUGUAUUUUGGUAUGACGCGGUUAGGCAAUUGCAUGAACGACCUUCAGCUGACGUUUUUGUGAAUGUCAAAUAUUAUUUCAACCUAACAUAUCACCUACCUAAUAAAGUUACUAUACUCCGUUUGCUGCGAAAUCGUACCCAUGAAAUGCAAUAGAGAUUUAAAUCAGAAAACGUCAAUUCGUCCUAAAUGGCAUGAAUGCUGUUUAUUUAUACAUCCCAACUCGUCAACAUAGUUUCAGACAUUGUCAUGAAGUAGAGAAGAUAUUGUGCAGCAAACCAUCAGGUUACUGUUGGUGUUUCUAAGCCUGUUAUUACAAGGUUUCUGCGCAAUGAGCGUAACAGCUGAAGGGCAUCACAAUGCUGGCCCCUGUAUGGAUAACCAACACUGUUCAGACUGUGACAACACGACAGGACAUUGCCGCACUGUGUGUGACUCUGGGUAUUUUGAUCUGAAAUGUUUGUCAGUUUGUGACGGAUAUUGUAAAUAUAACCUGUGUAGUCAGUCAGACGACGGUGGUGGACGUUGUACCGAGGGAUGUGUCCCAGGAUAUCAAGGCAGGAGAUGCAACAUACCAUGUGACAGUCCAGGAGGUAACUGUACAGCAUGUCCAGGUGGUUGUAAUGGAGGAUAUUGUCAGCUGGGCUCCUUCUGUGUAUCUGGAUGUGUAGACUCCUACUUCGGGACAGAUUGUGAAUCGGGUGGUACAGUGGGACUAGCUGUAGGACUGGCCACAACAGCUGUCAGUUUCAUCGUGUUGAUCUUCCUGGCAGUGUGCUGCAAGUGUAGUAAACACUUGAGGCGAAUCAGUGUCACCCAGGAAGAGCAUGUUGUGCGCGACUCUGUUGCCGAGAUGGGCGAUGCCCCUGUCUAUGAACUAGAAUGGUAUACUGACAUCCCACAGUCAGAGGACGUUGUGCGCGACUCUGAUGCCGAGGUGGGCGAUGCCCCUGUCUAUGAACUAGAAUGGUAUACUGACAUCCCACUGAAAGAUAUGGCCAUGGAUCGUGAGUCACCUGAUGGGAGCUGUGGAGGUGCAGGUGAAGCUGGUGGUGUGGAGGAUGAUGUGUAUGACGUUGCAGAUGGAGGCAAACGGGAUCGUGCUGGUGUUAUCGGCAAUAUCUAUUCCAAAAUAUCCCAUGCUUAGAAAUCAAGUAUUUCUUAAAUAUCGUUUGUAAACUGUUUGUUCAUUGCGUAGUUCUUAGUUUGAUCUGCCACCUAUGAGGUCAAAUUGAUUGAGCAUCUGUCCGGAGAGCAGAAGGUUGGUGGUCAGUCCCCAGGCCGUGUCAUUCAUGCCAUACGUGUCACACGUGUCACACGUGUCAUACGUAUCAUAUGUGUUAUACGUGUCAUACGUGUUAUACGUGUCAUACGUGCCUUACGUGUCACACGUGUCAUACGUGUCAUACGUGUCAUACGUGCCUUACGUGUCAUACGUGUUAUACGUGUCAUACGUGUCUUACGUGCCAUACGUGUCAUACGUGUCAUACGUGUCAUACGUGUUAUACGUGUCAUACGUGCCUUACGUGUCAUACGUGUCACACGUGCCAUACGUGUCUUACGUAUCACACGUGUCAUACGUGUCUUACGUGUCAUACGUGUCAAACGUGACAUAUGCGUCUUACGUGUCAUACGUCUCAUACGUGUCAUUCGUGCCAUACGUGUUAUAAGUGUCAUACGUGUCAUUCGUGUCAUGCGUGCCAUACGUGUCAUACGUGUCAUUCGUGCCAUACGUGUCAUACGUGUCAUACGUGUCCAUCGUGUCAUACGUGUCAAGAUACGUUUACACAUGGUUCAUGUCGUGUCCCUGCCUUGUCAUCGGCAUUGAGACAGGGCUCCGAGUUAGGUGACCGUGCUUCAGUGAGAUGACCGUGUUAAACUGUGGCUUGAUAUAUCUGUGGUCAACUGUCGUGAACGAGCCAAUACAUCCAGCUCUCACUUAAGUUUGAUGAGACUACAUAUAGAAAAAUAUGGUAUGAUGUUUGUAAGUAUUGUAAUAUUUGUAAAUAUCAAAAUGCAUGAAUAUCCA